GGUGUCCCUGGCAGAACUACCUCAGUUUAGGUGAAGGUGGUGCUUUAAAAAGUUGUAAGAGGAGUUUGUCGCACAUCGAGCGCUGGUUUGCCCCGGAGUACAAGACAUUUAUCGCUUGUAACAGAACAGUAUCUCCGGACUCGACGUUCGUCUCUACACGGCACAUUUAAGAGAGAACUAAACAUUAUCUACGCUUUCCUGAAGUUACUGACUGUCGAGCUGGCAGAGAUGUUUCAGAUAAAGAGGAUUUGUUGCAUUGGUGCUGGAUAUGUAGGAGGCCCAACAUGCAGUGUGAUUGCCCAGAUGUGUCCAGAGGUCACCGUGACUGUUGUGGAUGUCAAUGAGUCUCGCAUCAAAGCCUGGAACUCAGACACACUGCCCAUAUAUGAGCCGGGUCUGAAAGAAGUGGUUGAAUCAUGCAGAGGGAGAAAUCUGUUUUUCUCUACAGACAUAGACUCAGCCAUCAGGGAAGCUGAUCUCGUCUUUAUCUCUGUUAACACCCCAACAAAGACCUAUGGGAUGGGAAAAGGUCGUGCAGCUGACCUCAAGUUCAUCGAGGCGUGUGCUCGGCGGAUCGUGGAGGUGUCCGAUGGCUACAAGAUUGUUACAGAGAAGAGCACAGUCCCAGUUCGAGCUGCUGAGAGCAUUCGACGGAUAUUUGAUGCCAACACCAAGCCCAGCCUCAACCUACAAGUGUUGUCCAACCCAGAGUUCCUUGCAGAAGGAACAGCGGUCAGGGAUCUGAAGGAGCCAGAUCGCGUCCUGAUUGGUGGAGAUGAAACGGCUGAAGGUCAAAGAGCAAUCAGAGCGCUGUGUGCUGUCUAUGAACACUGGGUUCCUAAAGCACGAAUCAUCACCACCAACACAUGGUCGUCCGAGCUGUCCAAACUGGCAGCCAAUGCAUUCCUGGCACAGCGAAUCAGCAGCAUCAACAGUAUCAGUGCUCUUUGCGAGGCCACCGGAGCUGACGUGGAGGAGGUCGCCAAGGCGAUUGGCAUGGACCAGAGAAUAGGCAGCAAGUUUCUCAAAGCCAGCGUUGGUUUCGGUGGAAGCUGUUUCCAGAAGGAUGUGCUGAAUCUGGUGUAUCUGUGCGAGGCCCUCAACCUGCCCGAGGUCGCCUCCUACUGGCAGCAGGUGAUAGACAUGAAUGAGUACCAGAGGCGGCGGUUUGCCUGUAGGAUUAUUGACUGCCUCUUUAACACUGUUACUGGCAAAAAGAUUGCUCUGCUUGGCUUCUCCUUCAAAAAAGACACAGGUGACACAAGGGAGUCGUCCAGCAUCUACAUCUCUAAGUAUCUGAUGGAUGAGGGAGCCAAGCUGUUCAUCUAUGACCCCAAAGUUCUUAAAGAACAAAUCAUUCAUGACCUCUCCCAGCCCAGCAUCUCAGAAGACAACCCAGAAAGAGUGUCGGAGCUGGUGACUGUAACCUCAGACCCUUAUGAGGCAUGCCAGAGUGCACAUGCAUUGGUCAUCUGCACUGAAUGGGACAUGUUUAAGGAACUGGACUAUGAGAAGAUCUACAAGAAAAUGCUGAAACCAGCCUUUAUAUUUGAUGGUCGCAGAGUGCUGGACCACCUCCACCCUCACCUGCAGAACAUUGGCUUCCAGAUCGAGACCAUCGGCAAAAAGGUGACGGCGACCAGGAUCCCUUACACCCCGGCCGCUGUUUGUCCUCGCAUCAGUGCCACUGAACCUCCCAUCAAGAAAGCCAAAGCCUAAAACACACACACACACACACACACACAUACACACAUUCCUCUUUCAGCCUUUUUAUUGCUAGUGAAACAUGUCAUUCACGCCUCUGUUGUUGGUACAUGCCUACUGAUCCAAAAGGCCAAACAGUGUGUGUGACCAGUUGCUCCCCUGCAGCAGGUUGCAUGAGAGGAAGUUUGUUGUUGAAGUUGUUAAGCCUUCAGUCCAAAAUUGUGUGGAAGACAUUUAGUGAUAAAUCAUUCCAGACACACAAUCAGUUAAUUUUUAUACAUUUCAUGUCAAAUAGCAUUUAUCAACCAAACAUUUCAGGUGCAGUUAUACGUCCACGGUGUGUUGUAGUUAGUUUCAAAGGAACACUAUUAGUGUGAGUCUACUUUCUUAGCGUAUUUACUAUAUAAUCAAGUAUUAUUGCUAAAUUGCUAAAUUUUAUACUAUUUUUUAAAAAUAUUUUUAUAAAUCAUCUUUACUGUAUGUUAAUCUGUAUAUGUCCUCUGUAUCAGUGACUGUUUACUAAAAGGGCAAAGGCAAUAAAGUGUGAUGUGAGUCCUUAAUUUGUGUGUUGUUUAAUCUAAACCGAUUGAUGGGCUG